AGCCCCGCGAGGCGGGGGAGGGGGGUGAGGAAGAGGAGGAGCACAUGGACCGCGUGCUGGAGGAGGAGGAGCAGCAGCAGCGGCGGGCCUCGGAGGGGCCCGGGGCCAGCGACGGCCCCCAGGGGCCAGGAACCGCGGCGGUGUCGGCGCCCGGGGAGGCGGAGGUGAACGGGGAGCCCGGGAAAGGAGCGGCUUGGGCCUGGCAGGAGGAGCAGGACAACAACAACGAGGAGGAGGAGCCCCAGGAGGAGGAGGAAGAGGAUGAGGAAGAGGAGGAGGAGGAGGAUGAGGAAGAGGAGGAGAUGGACCAGGACAGCGACGACUUCGAGCAUUCGGAGGAGAGCGGGCGGGAGGAGGAGGGCGAGGAGGGAGGUCGCCUGCACUCCCCCUCGCUCAGGAACAGUGUCUCCGACCCAAACCACAACAUGGAUGUGUCCUCUGACCAGACACCUCGAACCCCAGCCUCGCUCUUCAAAACGAAGAUGAAGAGGAAGUUGGACCAUGGCCCCGAGGUCCGAUCCUUCCCUUCUGGAAAGAAGCCCUGCAAAGGCUCGGAAUACCCCAGCCCUGCGGGACUUGUGCCGUACCCGGCCACGCCCACCACGUUCGGGGACCUGAGGGCAGCCAAUGGGCAGGGGCAGCAGCGGCGACGCAUCACCUCCAUCCAGCCCCCGUCGGGGCUCCAGGAGUGGCUCCGCACCUUUCAGACCUGGAGUGGUCCGGAGAAGCUCCUGGCGCUGGACGAGCUCAUCGACAGCUGCGAGCCCACCCAGGUCAAGCACAUGAUGCAGGUGAUCGAGCCGCAGUUCCAGAGGGACUUCAUCUCCCUGCUGCCCAAAGAGCUGGCCCUUUACGUACUGUCGUUCCUGGAACCCAAAGACCUGCUGCAGGCGGCACAGACCUGUCGGUACUGGCGCAUCCUGGCGGAGGACAACCUGCUGUGGAGGGAGAAGUGUAGGGAGGAAGGUAUCAACGAAGCCCUGCACAUCAAGAGGAGGAAGGUGAUCAAACCAGGGUUCACUCACAGUCCCUGGAAGAGCGCCUACAUCCGACAGCACAGGAUAGACACCAACUGGAGGAGAGGAGAUCUCAAAUCCCCUAAGGUGCUUAAAGGUCACGAUGACCACGUGAUCACCUGCCUCCAGUUCUGCGGCAACCGAAUCGUCAGCGGCUCGGACGACAACACGCUCAAAGUGUGGUCGGCCGUCACGGGGAAGUGUUUGAGGACGCUGGUGGGGCACACUGGGGGCGUGUGGUCGUCCCAGAUGAGGGACAGCAUCAUCAUCAGCGGCUCCACGGACCGAACGCUGAAAGUGUGGAACGCAGAGACGGGCGAAUGUAUCCACACCCUGUACGGACAUACCUCAACGGUGCGCUGCAUGCACCUGCACGAGAAAAGGGUGGUGAGCGGGUCCCGGGACGCCACGCUGCGGGUUUGGGACAUCGAGACGGGCCAGUGUUUACACGUCCUCAUGGGCCACGUGGCAGCGGUGCGCUGCGUGCAGUACGACGGGCGGAGGGUGGUCAGCGGGGCCUACGACUUCAUGGUCAAAGUGUGGGACCCAGAGACCGAGACCUGCCUGCACACGCUACAGGGGCACACCAACAGGGUCUACUCUCUACAGUUCGAUGGCACCCACGUGGUGAGCGGGUCCCUGGAUACGUCGAUCCGCGUGUGGGACGUGGAGACAGGGAACUGCAUCCACACCCUAACGGGGCACCAGUCCCUCACCAGCGGGAUGGAGCUGAAGGACAACAUCCUGGUGUCCGGCAACGCCGACUCCACCGUCAAAAUCUGGGACAUCAAGACGGGACAGUGCCUACAGACGCUGCAAGGUCCCCACAAGCACCAGAGCGCCGUCACCUGCCUGCAGUUCAACAAGAACUUCGUCAUCACCAGCUCGGACGACGGCACGGUCAAGCUGUGGGACCUGAAGACGGGCGAGUUCAUCCGCAACCUGGUGACCCUGGAGAGCGGGGGCAGCGGCGGGGUGGUGUGGCGCAUCCGCGCCUCCAACACCAAGCUGGUGUGCGCCGUGGGCAGCCGCAACGGCACCGAGGAGACCAAGCUGCUGGUGCUGGACUUCGACGUGGACAUGAAGUGAGGGGGCGACCGGGCGGGAGGCGGAGGAGGGGGUCGUUGGGAAGAGGUUCGGGUGAAGCUCGCGAAAUUACCACCAGACGGCCACGCCCUGUGCCCAACACCGUGACCCAACGCUCCUGUCCAUAACACCCGCUCCCACCCCUCCCCACCCAACCCCCCCCCCCCCUCUCCUGAUACACCGCUCCCCUCGCCAGGCAAGGCAGGUACACUGCUGUCUGCUGGGGAACGGUGCAAGGGAAAAAUUAAAAGGAGAGAACUGACAAAGGCAAAACUCACCAUGGAAACUCACCAUGGAAACGCUCCAUGGAAACACUCCAUGGAAACUCUUCGCUGAUUCCCCCUGUGGGUCGGGUAAUUUUUUGCACAGAGACUUGUUCGCUCAAGCCUGACAUAACUGCCCAUAUGUAUAAAUACCUAAACAGGCCAACAAACCUACGGACUCUCCGCUGUAUAAAUACAUUAAAAUGGAAUGAAACAACAGUUGUUGACAAAUGGUAAAUGGUGUAAAGAAAAUGUUCAUAAGUUUUUAAAUGUUGAGUUUGGCUUCUUAUGGAGGGGAGAAGAAAAUACAUUGGUAUAAGUUGAAGCCCUAGUGCUUGAUAGACCUUCAAACCAGGAGGCAACUGCCUCAGUUCAGUUUUUUUUUUUUUUUUUUUUGCUGGUUUUUUUGCUGUCUUUUGUUUCCUGGUUUGAACUCAACAGAAAAGCAAACCGUACUGUGAAUUUUACUUUGUACGUUCGAUCCGUUGAACUCAACGGUUUUUUUUGCCUACCGUUGCCAACAACAAUCACGGUCACAGUAUUAACUCCUUUCUUUCUCUCUAUAUGUCUCUCCACGUUUUUUUUUUUUUUUUCGUUCUUUUGUUCUUGUUUAAAGCUGAAUCUGGAUUUACGGAACUGGAAUGGCGAGCUGUCCCAGACUUCCCAGAGCAUGACGGUCUGGACGGAGAGGCCUCCGAGCAGCUUCCCAUCCCAGCUCCCUACUCCAGUGGCCAAACUGUAUUUAUGCUGCUAAACGAAAGGAAAAGUGGAACUUUUACAGCUGCGACGUUUUAGUCCCAGGCUAAAUUUCCAAAUUGACUCUAGUUUGGACUUUUUACAAAAAAACGAGAAACGUGAUGAAUCGUAAGACUUUUUUUUUUGUUUGUUUUUUUUGCCACUGAAACUUGAGCCAAAAUGUGCCUCUACGAGGCGGAGAGGAGGAACGUUCCGGAUUCGCGGGGACGGGUGUGCCUGCCGUGGGUGUGCAGAUUUAUUUAGCGUGCGCGUGUGUUUCUGGGCAACUCGUAAACACAUUCCUGAGGACUACACUCCGUCUGCCUGUUCUGUGGGGAAACCACACUGCGACUGUGGGGGAAAUGGAAAAAUCUAGAAUUAAAUUCUUUAAUUUAAUAAUUAAAUGUACAAAGGUUUCUGUUUUACCCAUUUGAUUGGUUCAGAUGUUCAAAAAUGGCAUUCAAGUUUAAGAUGGACAUAAAAAAAAUAAACUGACAAAAAACAUUUCGACUAGAAGCAGGUCUGUCUUAGUGUGACGAGUAUUAAGCUAUUAAACAUGUUACAGUGUUUUUGCUGUGAACUGACUUGUACAUGAACAGAGAUAGUUUGUGAACGGGACAAAAAAAAAACACCACAGGCAAAUAUUCUGAAACGUUAGUGGCCAAACAGUAUACCUGGUUUCCAGGAGCCGCCCGACUCAAGCUGAACUGUGAAAGUGGUAAAAGCACUGUAUAUUAAACAAUCUCCUUUCUUUGCUCUGUUCAUUUUCCUGUUAAUUUAUGAUCUGGUUUGAAAAAUCAGAUGUUGCAGGUUGUUUAAUUUUUUUUCUUUUUUUUUUUCCAGUUCAUGUAACUGCCUGAUGUUACAGACAGAAAAAAAAACAAAGGGAUUGUGUCUAUUGAUUUGAGUCACUUAGAAUUUUUAUUUUCUUAUAACUUAAGUGCAAUAAAAUGUGGGUUUUUGUUUUCCAUUUCAA